GGCUUUCCUGGUCAUGCCAUUCGGACUCUGCAACGCCCCGGGCACCUUCCAAACAGAGAUGCACCGCAUCUUCAGGCCUUACCUGGACAAGUUUAUGGUUGUCUACCUGGAUGAUAUUCUGGUAUUCAGCAAAACUGCCAGGGAACAUGCGGAGCACUUGGCUCCCAUCCUUCAGUCGUUACGUGACAGCCAGUACAAGAUCAACAAAGAGAAGUCCUCCUUUGGGGUUCCCUCUAUUAUCUACCUAGGUCAUGUAAUCUCCGGAGAUGGUCUAGCUCAUGAAGCAGCCAUGAUUGUUGCUAUUCAGGAGUGGCCUCAGCCACAGACAGUGAGGGAUGUCAGGUCCUUCAUGGGUUUAGCCUCAUACUACAGAAAGUUUGUCAAGAACUUUUCUGCAGUGGCUGCGCCCCUGACCAACCUAACAAAGAAAGACACUUCUUUUCUUUGGUCCCUCCACUGUCACUUGGCCUUCACACGACUCAAGAAGGCCUUGACUUGUGCGCCUGUGCUGAAGUUACCUGACCCCACUUUGCCAUUCAUCCUGACCACUGACGCUAGUCAGUAUGGCAUUGGGUCAGUUCUUCAGCAGGAUGAUGGGAAUGGUCUACGGCAUGUAGAGUUUAUGAGUAAGAAGAUCAAGACUCAAAAGCUCCAGAACUCCACCUACGAGAAAGAGCUAUAUGCUCUUGUCUAUGCCCUGAAACAUUGGAAGCACUUUCUCCUGGAAAGGCACUUCAAGAUCUUCUCAGAGCACUCCACCCUGCAGUGGAUGAAGUCCCAAGGAGAGUUGAAUGACAAAUUGGCACGGUACAUUCAGUUCAUAGACAUGUUUGACUUUGAACUGAAAUACAAGAAGGGUUGCUACAAUAAGGUAGCAGAUGCCCUCUCUCGUACCCUUGACUCUUUUGCGUUAAUCUCCUCUACUCACUCCUUUGGAGAGGAGACUCGUCAGACCAUUGCUCGUCUAUUGCCUCAGGAUGAGACUUUCGGGCCCAUAGUCAGGAAUCUGCAAGCAAAUCCUUACUCUGAAGCAGGCUAUGCUCUGAGUUCAGACCAUGAUGCCCGUGGACAUUUUCGGUUCCUAAAGUCUUAUGCAGCCCUGUCGCAGCGCUUCUUCUGGAAGGAGAUGCGGAGUGAUAUGCUGCGCUAUGUGGACACCUGUGAGCUCUGCCAAAGGAAUAAGGUCCAACAUAGACCUCCUUUGGGACUGCUCAAACCCCUACCCAUACCUGAUGGCCCUGCCCAAUCUGUGGCGAUUGACUUUACAGAUCUAGGCAAGACCACCCCUCGUGGCAUGCGUCAGGUUAUGGUCUGCGUGGACAGGUUCUCCAAAUACGCAGAGUUCAUCCCCUUGCCAGAGGUAGCGAAGGUCCCGACUGUGAGAAUAGCCUUUUCUGAGAGGUGGGUCACUCAUCAUGGACCGCCCACUUCUUUAGUCAGUGACAGAGACCCCAGAGUUUGCAGCGAUGAGUGGCAGUCCUAUUGUAAGGAUUACCUGCACUCACGAUUGGACAUGACUUCUGGUCAUCAGCCUGAAGCCAAUGUUCAGGCUGAGGUGAUGAACCAAGUCUUAUUCCAAACGCUACGUACUCUCAUCUCUCCAACAUGUCUGUCCCUCGACAGGGUUCAGUCCCUAUCGGUUACACUGGGGACGUGAGCCACGACAGCCUCUCGAUGACAUCAUCGAUAAAGCCUGAUCUAACAC